AUCGUUAUUCCUCUCCCGGUGCUCCCGAUGGCCAGUCCGCUACUGCGGGUGGAUUUUCCAAGUAAUAUAAUUGUAAAUUCUUGUGCUGUCAGGGGUAGCUGCAGCACCCUCAGCCCCCCUAGUUCUUACGGCCAUGUAUGUAUGUACUUAUUUAUUAAGUUUGAAGCUCAUGAUUCAUACCCGAUGUUUCUGGUUGGACUCUGUUGACGUGUCUGGCUUUGGCACACACGUUCUUUUAGUACCUUUCUGAAGCCAGCCUAACAUAACGACUUACAAACUCCAAAACUUGACACACACUGAGAGCGUGAAGUUUGUUGAAGCUGGAGCCAUAUUGGAUGAAGACGACUGCCUGGAAUAUCAGCUUCCAAAACACUAUCGUUGCACCUGCCACCUUCUCAACUUGGUGUCAACAGUUGAUGUUGAGGAGGCAAAUAUCAGCACAGUCUACAAGCGGGUCUCAGGCUCAACGUUUUCAAAGUGCUGGAGUCUUUGGAACAAAAGGGCAAGAUUCACCACAGCAGCUGAGAUAAUUGAAGAGAAUUGCAAACUCCAGCUCUUGAGGCCAAAUGCAACCAGGUGGAACUCACUCUUCUUAGCAGGGGAAAGGAUUGUGAGAAUUGCAAGGGAACAAGGAGAAGGGGCCAUUACAGCUGUUUGCAGUGCACUAAAGAUACCCAUGUUCACGCCUGUCGAGCUUGCAUUUCUGUCAGAAUAUGCAAAAACGAUGAGACCAGUUGCAAAGGCCCUUGAUGUUCUUCAGGGGGAGACAAAUGUGCAAAUGGGGUGGUUGGUCCCAACAAUUACAUUACUCAAGGCUAAGCUCCAGCACUUCCCCAUUUCCGCCAAGUUCUGUGGGCCUUUAAUUGAUGCACUUCUAGCAGGUCUUGAAAAAAGAUUCGGACAGAUCCUUACAGAUCCAGAGCUAAUCGCCGCAGCAAUCCUAGUCCCCAAAUUCAAGAUGUGCUGGACAAGUGAUGAAUGCAUCCUAAAACUUGGCCUUGACUAUAUCAAAAGUCACUUGAAGGACCAAGCUGUGGAGAAUUAAGGAGAGAUCUCCCAUUCUUCAGAGGAGGAGGACUUCUUUGCUGCAAUCAAGCAGGCUAGUUCUCAAGAUAAUGCAAAACAGCUUGAGCUACCUUGGAUGCCGAGAUGAUGCAGUAGAGAUUCUUAAGUCUUUCCCGGCAGUAUGCAACCUGUCAUUGAGGCUUAACACCGCACUCCCAGCCUCAGCAGCCUGCGAGAGACUGUUUAGUGCAACGGGACUGAUCUUUAGACCAAAAAGGGCACGGGCACGCAUUGGUUCUAAGGACUUUGAAAAUCAGCUUCUUUUGAGGCUAAACAGAGGGUUCUGGUAAUUCCAAUGUACUCUUUCUGUCCUACAAACACAAGAAAUACGGACGUGCACACUUUUUCACACAAGGACCGAAAUGCUCCUGUGACACCAGUGGUGUUGGUAGUGUAGUAGUUUAUGUCCAGUUUUACUGCCCAGUUUUUGAAGGGAAUUAUGGACAAGCAUAUCUCUCUCUUACUCUCUCUCUUAUUCUCUCUCUCUCUUACACUCUCUCUCUCUGUUUUACUCACACACACAGUCUCUCUGUUUUACUCACACACAGACUGAAAUGCACUUCGCAGUCUAUUUAUCUCCUCCACACACACUGACAAGCACACUCCUUCCACAGACACUCAAAUUCUUAACAUUCUGUUGCUGCUGAAAUUAUGUCCUGGUAGUUUUGCAGGCCAGAGUGUGUCUUGAACUCCAGUUUGGAGUUCUAUUUAAAUUCCAAUAAAGUUUGAGAAAAACUUUGUGGUCUUCGACACCAUUAAUAUAUUUUUUUAUUACUUUAAUAUUUUUACCAUGUCUUGGGCUCCAUGUAGCACUUAUCGGCUUUCAAUUAAGCUUCUAUUUCUUACAGUCGUGUCAACUAUGAGGUCCAACUAGUUUAGCUUUAGAUGGUUUAUUUAUUUAUAUUUUAUUAAGGUUACUUUUAACUUUUAUACUUUAAGUAGAUUCUAGAGCCUGUACUUUUUUACUUUUACUUGAUUAAAGAGGUUAAUUUGACACUUUUACUUUUACCAGAGUACUUUUAAACUCAAGUAUCAAUACUUGAGUACUUGAGUAACGAAUGUGUUUACUUUUGACACCACUGCUAAUCUCUCUGACACUGACGCUUUCUCUGUCAGUGGUAGAGUACCGGGCUGGCUACAUGCGAGGAGUAGCGGUACGCAAGCAAAAGUGCCGGUACGCUUAAGACUAAAAAAUAGAAGUGCCGCGCAUCGGUGGGUACCGGCCCACUUCGAGCACUGCUUAUGACAAAAUAAUCAUGAAAACAUAUUUGCCGACCCAAUUUUCAUCCCCCGUGGGUCGCGUCCCAGACUUUGAAAAACACUGACGUAGAACACUUUGUAUUUGAGACAGUUAAAGUGCGGUACUACCCACGCACACCUAAUUGAUAGCCAAUGAGAAAGGGAGUAACCGCACUCAUGCUGCACUUGUACUCCCGACUAAACGUGCGGCUUAAAUUUUACACUAGGCUUUGUGUUUGACCUCCUUGUCUAUUCAUUGUUUGUCGACGGCCACACUGCAGCUACAAUUUACUAAAUCUUUCUUCCUAAUCAAGCACGCCGUCCUCGAAUAAACGCCGCCCUCUAAUCUAAUGCACUUCAUAGAAUUCACUUACAUUUUUGUCAUCAUUUUGCACAUAGACUAUAUAGACUUAUAAACUAUACAUAUUUUGCUAGACAUAUCUUAUUUAGGCUAUAUAGGCCUAACAUUUGUCUGAAUGACAGAUUUAUGCAAGGGAACCCUUGUAGCAUCUGCUGAUAGAAAGGCAAAUCGCAACCUUGAAAGGCAGGGGAAAAUGGCAGAAUGCGCAAUUAAACCAAAACACAAGCAAAAUAGCCUUAAAUUAGCUUUUUCCAGUGUGAUUUUGAGAAUGUAAAACUACUGGGUGAUAAAACACCCCUAGGAAAAAUCAAGAAAGUGGGGUCCUGGAAUUGUUUUCUCUUCACUGGGCCCAAAUGACCGCUCUCAGCGCUUCUAGUAUUAAACGGAAGAUUGCCAAUAUGCAGACCUUUUUACCAGCUUGUUUCAUAUUAUAAUGUCUGAUUUGUUAACCUGUCAUGUAGGCAGGAUGGAACUUUUAUUUUAUGAUGAAAGUAAAGCCUCAUCCUUUUUCAUUUAUGAUACUCACUGUCUUUCUCUUCCUUUCUUUUCUUUCCCCUGCAUUUCCUGCCUGCCCUACUCCUCAAGCUGUAUGAGAAGCGGCUGUACGGCUCUAUGUACAAAGGGGGGUUUAAGUCCAUCUCCCUGAGCAGUGUGGAAUUGUUAGAAGAAGUCCUGAGGAAGGACGAGAAGUUUCCCUGUCGAGGGGACAUGACUUUAUGGACAGAGUAUCGUGACAUGAGGGAGCUUGGUUAUGGCCCAUUCACAGAGGAAGGGGAGAGGUGGUACAAACUGCGGGCAGUAUUGAACAAGCGCAUGCUACAUCCUAAAGAAUCGGUGCAGUAUGGAGAUGUGGUCAACGAGGUGGUCACCGACCUGAUCAAGAGAAUCUAUCAUUUGCGUCAGACCAGCCCCACAGGAGACCUGGUGCCAAAUCUGUCUAAUGAGUUGUACCGAUUUUCUUUGGAGGGAAUCUCCUCUAUUCUUUUUGAGACACGGGUUGGCUGUUUGGAGGACAAGAUCCCAGAGGAGACGCAGAACUUCAUUGACUCCAUAGCUCAGAUGUUCUCUUACAGUAUGGUGGCUUUACUUCUUCCUAAAUGGAGUCGCAACCUUCUGCCCUAUUGGGGGCGCUACAUCGCUGGCUGGGAAGGCAUCUUCAAAUUCUCUGGAAGGUUAAUUGACAUGAAGAUGGAUGUCAUUCAGAGGCGUGUGGACAAAAACCAGGAGGUGGAAGGAGAAUACUUAACAUACCUUCUCUCCAACACCAAAAUGACCAAUAAGGAGGUGUAUGGCAGCAUUGCCGAGUUAAUACUGGCAGGAGUGGACACGACAUCCAAUACCAUGAUGUGGGCUAUGUACUUGCUGUCCAAAUACCCUGAAGUUCAGGACACCCUUCAUCAGGAGGUGUCCAAAUGUGUGCCAGGAGAAGAUAUCCCCUCAGCUUAUGACGUGGCACGUAUGCCAUAUCUCAAGGCUGUCAUCAAGGAAGCACUGAGAAUGUAUCCUGUGGUCCCCAUGAACGCACGUCUCUUGACAGAAAAUGAUGUAAUUAUUGGUGGAUAUUAUUUCCCCAAAAAGACUACCUUUACACUCUGCCACUAUGCCAUCAGCUAUGAUGAGAAAACGUUCCCGGAGCCAAACAAGUUUAAGCCAGAACGAUGGCUAAGGGAUGGCCGAAAUCGGCCAAACCCUUUUGGCUCAAUUCCAUUCGGUUUUGGAGUGCGGGGAUGUGUUGGCCGGCGGAUUGCAGAGCUUGAGAUGCACCUUGCUCUGUCAAGGAUCAUCAACCUGUUUGAAAUUAGACCAGACCCCAGAAUUGGAGAGGUGAAGGCUCUUAAUCGCACUGUCUUAGUAGCAGACAGACAAGUCAAUCUCCACUUCUUGGAAAGAAGAAUCUAAACCAGUCUUUGAUUGUUAACACAUGACAUGUUCUGAACUGCACCAGGGCAAAAUUCCAGUCCAAAACUGCAACCUAUUGAAAAGUAUCUUCAACUUGAGGUAGUGGGCCAAAGCUCAAAAUCGUGCAUUUGAACGAUCCUUGGCGAUGGAGGAUUUUUCUGUAUCGCUUAAAAACUUUUCUACAACCUAUAAAUUUGUUGGCAUGUCCAGUUCUUGCAAAGUUUUCAAGGAACAAACAUUUAGUUUCUUUAUCGACACAGGCAUGUUUUCCGGACAACUAUGGUCCGCAUCCAAUAAGAGCUCAUAUACAAGACACCUUCAUAAAAUCCACCAAUCGUAUACCCCGAUAGUCAAGGCGAGUAAAGUAGGAAGUAAACAUUUACAUGUGCAUUUUGGUGAGCCGGUAUAUUGUCAGGGGUCGACUGGGCUUCAAAUGUAUGGAAAAAAGUCAAACAAAUGGCUAAUUCAGGUAUUCUCUAAAGAAACAUUGCAACAUUCCACUUAAACAAGCAUAUUUGUUAUAUUAUUGCGCUGCUAUUAGUCACCAGAACAAGUUAACAGUUAAGUGAUAAUGAAAUGUAUAGAACCUUGUUCAAAUAAAUGUACAGUAUUGUUUUGUGUGUGUUCCCUAAACAUAUAAUAAUGACAUGAAUCAAUGACAUACGUAAUUGUAAUUGGUCAAGAGUAGGUAUACCACAUCAGUAACACUUUUCAAUACAUAUUGACAUCUCUGCACAAUUGGAAAAUGAAACUCAUUAGCAUAACACAUGCAUGUGCACAAUUAAUUGUAUUGCUAGCAGUGUAUUCAAGGCCACAAGUAGUUGCAAUCAUGCUGUAUGCAUGCAGGUAGCAAACCAAAAGAUUUAAUCUACCCAUUUACUGAAGCUAGUUGGUCCAGUUUGUUCAGAGUCCAUUGCAUUUGCAUAAUUUUGACAGCAAGGAAAGCAUUCUUGCAGAAAAAGCAGUGGAAAGAUUCAACUUAAAUUCAGCACCUCAGAACCAUAUGCUAGGUCAGUGGUUCCCAACCCUGGUCCUCAGGGCACGCCUGUCCUGCAUGUUUUAGAUGUUUCCCUGCUCCA